AUGGCGGGAUUCUAUUGGACAGUCACGGCUGUGGUAGCUGCUGUGAGCUUCGCUGUAUACCGAUAUGGUCAUGAUAUCGGUCAGAUUGUCGCUCCGAAAUCUACGAGCCCAGAUGUUAAAAAGAAGGAUGAUGAUGGAACGGGUAUUGACAGUGGCUCCCUCGUCCUAACCAUCAUGAAACACCACCCGAAGAAUAUGGAUCUGAGAAGAGUUGGCGAUGUGGUGAAGUUUGUAAAGGACACCAUCAAGGGGAAACCAAUGAAUGAUAGGUUGCUUGCACUAGGUGACGUUCCAGUGAAAUCCUUCCGUGUUCAUGGGCUAAGCUCGGUGAUAAGAAAGGCUGGGAUGCCGUAUGCAAGAUCGAUUCGAAGUGACACUGGGCUGCCGGGUGUUCGACCGGACCCAGGAUUGCUUUUUGACCAUAUAUUCCGCACCGAUCGACGAGACAUGAAUAUCAACAACAAUUCUUCCUACCUCGACCUCUCACCGCUGUAUGGCUCUAGCCUCGAAGAUCAACUAAAGAUCAGAACUAUGAAAAAUGGAUUCCUCAAACCUGACACUUUCCACGACGAGAGAUUAAUUGGGCAGGCCCCCGGUGCCAACGUCCUUCUAGUCCUUUAUAGCCGGUUUCACAAUUAUGUAGCUCAGACCCUGCUUCAAAUCAACGAGGGCGGACGUUUCACCCCCAAGGGAGAUGACGAAGCUUCGCUUGCCAAGUUGGACGAGGACUUAUUCCAGACUGCCAGAUUUCUUCACGACUAUCUCCGCGCGAUUACAAACACACACCAUUCGGCCAGCUCGUUGUCUUUGGACCCACGUGUCGACAUACCAGAUUCGCUAGUAAAAUCCGGCCCUGAAAGAGGCAUUGGGAACCAGGUCACGAGCGAAUUCAACCUUUUGUACCGUUUCCACUCCUGUACAUCGUUAGGAGAUGAGAAGUGGUUAAACGACUACGUCGCGGGAAUAUUCAAAAGUACCGGAAAGUCUUUGGAGGAACUGACCUUAAAAGAUGGUAUGCAGGCUAUCGCACGAUUUGAAACCCUAAUUCCCAAAGACCCUAGCCAGAGGAAUUUUGGCGGCAUCAAAAGAGGUGAGGAUGGUAGAUUCCGGGAUGAGGAUCUGGUUAGAAUAUUGAGAGCAAGUAUUGAAGACCCGGCUGGAGGACGGCAUCGCUUAAUGAGUUCCGCAAAUUCUUCAAACUUAAACCUCACGAAACGUUCGAAGACAUCAACCCUGACCCGGAAAUCGCUGACCAUCUCCGAAACCUCUAUGGGCAUCCCGACAUGGUUGAAGCAUACCCCGGCUUAUAUGUUGAGGACGCGAAGCCAAGAAUGGACCCAGGCUCAGGCGUCUGCACGCCCUACACCAUCGGACUACAAUGUCGCCACAUUGACAAAUUGUGGUAUGGCAGAAGUCCAACAGGAUUAUGAUACUAUGUUCCAGAUUGGGAGAGGCACGUAUCACGUUGAUAUCCUGAAGGACGUAGCAAUUCCUGUCAUGACAAGAUUUAUGGGCGACCUCUUCCAAUUCGACUUGAAAACAGAGGAGAACACUUCGGGAACAUAUGACAUUGACAGCCUGAGCCGUGACAAAUGGUCUCGGUUCCAAUGGCAUCAACACUUCGUUACGCUCCUUGGACGUGAUUGCAUCAUGGAGCUUCUCGCCAAUGGAAAGUCGGUGCAGGAAAUAGCUGAUAUUAUGAUAUUUACGGCACUCGGUGGUAUUGGUGCGGCUAUUAGCACGCUUGCGGAAAUUUUGGAGUUUAUGAUUGCAGUUCCCGAAAACGUAGAACAUCUCGAAGCAUUUCGACACCUUACUCUUGAAAAUUCCGAAAGGGCAGACAAUGAUCUUCGGCGAUACGUUCUCGAAAUGCAGCGCCUGACCGCAGGCCACGUUACGAUGCGUGUUGCGACCCAGCCUGGAAAAUUCGGCAAUCAAAGCUUCCAGCCGGGAGAGCAAAUUAUUGCAUAUUUUGCAGCAGCAUGUCGAGAUCCAGAGGCGUAUCCUGAACCAGAGAAAAUAAAACUUGAUCGUCCACUCGAAAAAUAUAUAGCUUUCGGCGACGGUCCCCACCAAUGCUUUGGCCGAGAAUUGGCCUUGGCAUAUCUGGUUGGAGUCCUAAAGCAGGUGACUUCGCUCAAGAACAUCCGUCCAGCCUUGGGUGGAAUGGGCGUCUUGAAGAGAAUAAAGCGGAAUGGUAUCCCCUAUUACCUUUCAGAGGAUUGGUCGACUUUUACCGGUUAUGCAUCCAGGUUCCUUGGUUGGCAGUAA